UCAGAAGUCACUGCUGUAGCAUCCCAGCUGAUGUUCUGCUUGGAGCAUGUCCAAAAGGAAGGCCGAUGGCGAUGACGAGGUGACAUUGCCUCUGGGCAAAAAAGAGAAAAAACAGAAGAAAGACAAAAAAGCGAAGGAGAAGAAGCAGGAAGCCAAGAAAGAAGAUGGAGAUACUAACAAGAGCAAAAAAGCGAAAAAGGACAAAAAGGACAAAAAGGACAAAAAGGAAAAGAAAGACAAGAAGGAAAAAAGUAAGGCUGAUGAUGAUCCCUUUGGAGAUGAACCCGACGAUGGCCAGGACGAUGGAUGGGUGAAUCCGUUCGGGGAUGACAUGUCUGAUGAGGAGUCGACUGCAGCGCCCAGCAGGCCUGCAGCGAAGCCAAAAGCAAAGGAGAAGAAGGACAAAAAGGAGAAGCAAGUUGGGAAGACGAGCAAAGCGAAGGGCAAAAAAGCGAAGAAUGCAGACGCAGAGGCAGAAGCCCUACUCGAUGCUUUCGGUGAGGAGAACGAAGAGGAUGGUGACGAAGUUCAAAAAGAGGCGGAUACCACAGACGCUGCGGAGGCAGUGCCACCAAGCCAAACAGGUGAUGAUGAUGCUCAGGAUGCAGGAAAAACGAAAGAUCAUGAGGAUUUUUGGAACGAGAUCGGUGAGGACUCCGAGGAGCCUCCACAGGAGAAAGCAGAGGUUCCAGAACCGCAAGCAGUGCCUGAAGUCAAUGGUACAGCGGGCACUGGCACUGAAGUCGCUGCAGACACUGCGCCAGAGAUUCCGGUUGGUCCUGAUCCUGCCCUGAAAGCCAAGGAGGAGGAAGAGGCACAGGCAGAGACGGAUCCUUUGCAACCUCGGGUUCUUCAACUCAGCCCUGAGGACAAAAAGAUCUUGAUGAGCAGUGGCCAAGAGCAGCUGUCUCUUCUGAAGCAUUGUUGCGAGGCGGACAUCGUGGUUGAGGACAAGGAGCUGAAAAUGAGCUCCGAGAGGCCCUUUGUGGCGCGAACUGCAGAGCUGGCUGCCAGGGGGCUGCUUGCAAGCAACACGGGUGCUCCUGUUCUGCUUCGUGUGCUGCCAGUUGCCGAGGGGAAUGGCAUGGAUGUGGCCGAUCUGCCUGGCGCCUCGAUGUUGGAUGUGCCUGGCACAGGUGGUGUGGAGCCAAAGGAGCUCCGGCGAUUUGGCAAUGUGGUGGCAGCGUUCCUCCGAGCGAAGGACCAGGAAUCUUUGAAGAGCCAAAAGCCAAGUAUGACCUCAGUCCAAGCAGAUCUCAGUAGACAGUUGGAUCUCUCCAUUGGUCAGGCUGUGGAAGUCCGCUACGACCAUCAAUGGUUCCAUGCAACCGUUGUGAGCUUUACUGAGCAUGGAACUGUGAUGGCUGACUACUUCCGCGUUGAUGGCAGCCUGCCCGAUUGCGAAGGAGGCGAAAUUGAAGCUGGCGCGGUUGACGUCCGUGCAGCGCAAACGCCUCGGCCCAAGAUUCGAGUUGACAGUGGAAAGCUGAUCUUGAUUGGUGAACGGAAGGCUAGAAUGUGUGCCAGGCUACAUGCUGCUGCACAGGCAGAGCGUCGCGCUGUGGCCACAGGCAAUGCUAAUCCUUUGUACAGACAGGGUGAGCAGACGAUGGCAGAGGAGAUGCUUGGCAUGCCGGAGGAUGGACAAGUUCCAGAGGAAGAGGAGAUGGGGGUCGCCGUGUGUUCUUUCGAACUGCCUCCAGAGACUGCAACCGGUCCUGGGCUGCAGCGCCUCAAUCAGGCAGCAAGUGUCACUGACACAGUACUGGAAGUGCUUCCAGGAGGCCGAAAGGCAAUCCUGUGCGGUGACUUUGAAGAGCGACAACGAGCCAGGGCGUUGUUGGAGCUUUUGCCCAAGGUCGGUCAUUAUGGUGACAUCGCUUCCAUUCCAAUCGAACUUCAGGACUUGACUUCACACUUGCGAGUUCCAAAUGCUGCUAUGCAAGCUGUGCGAGAGAAGCAGAAGGACAUCGAAAUGGAGACGGGCAGCUUGAUGCUGUGGCUUCCUUCUGGCUCUGUGGCGCCAAACAGACAGACGGAGCACUUGAUCCCCAAUGGGGCAUAUGUCGAGGCCCAAUACCGUGGUGCCUGGCACAAUGCCACUGUCGUGUACUCCUCUGAACAAAGCAUACAAAUCUCUUGGGAGUACGAUGGGAGUCUGGAUGAGGUGGAACCAGAUCAAGUCAGGGAAAAGGAUACGAGCAACGCCGCUCGGGCUGCCUGGCUGAGGAGCCAUCGUGUCAUGGUGGUGCUGGGCCAAGAAAAACAGCGCCUGGAAUGUUUGCUGCGUGUCAUGGUUGCCUCCGAAAAGCCCUGUCCUGGGCUGUGGAGUAGCGACGAUGCCUUGGAGGAGGCUCAGAUCGAAGUCCUGGAUGGUCACGAUGAGACAGACUGCACAUACAGUCUGGAGAUCACUCCACUCGCCUCCCUGGACCUCGACAGCGCUUGGUUCGCCGGUCCUGGCUGCGUGGCCUUCGCUGCGGCGGAGCGCGCCAUUCCCUGCGCCAUGCAGAUCUUGGGCCGCAAGCUGAUGCUCGCCGGCACCGAAGAUGAGCGAAGCCAUGCCAAGGAGUAUUUGUCCUGGGUGCAGCUCUCCAGGAAAGGCUUUGAGCAUAGCACCGUGGGUCUCAGAGGAGGUGGGCAGCUUGAUGUCACAGAUGCUGACAUGAGAGACGACGUGCUUCCAGCACUUCUGCCAGAGGAUCAAGCUGUGUGGAUCACGCUGGAACGCAUUGCGGAGAUCCAGCGAGAGACCAGGACUUUCUUGGUCUUUGACCAAGGCGGUGGAUCCAGCCUGGAGACUGGCAUGCGACGGCUGCUGGUCGCUGGCGGAGACGACGUGCGGAGAAUGCAAGCGGCCGCCCGAGUGCGGGAGACACAAAGUGGCCUGCAGCAGGUGUCUCAGCCGCGAUCCGACCCCUUGGCGGUACUGAGCACAAUGUCCUGGCCACAGAACAUCAAUGAAUGGGGCAGGUUGCAGAAAACUAUUUGGGCUGGGCAUCCCAAGCUCAAGCCCGGCUGGAUUCGAAUCAUGUCCAAAACCAAGCAGCAGGAGUAUUACAUGAGAGUUGCAGACAAGCAAAGCACCUUUGACCUCAAUCAAGUUAUUCUGACUUGACUGAUGGAUCCUGCUGGCGGAUUUCCACUGCUGUGGCAAA